AUGGCGCACGAGCGCGAACAUAGGUACUCCUUCUCUGACACCGAAGAAGAAAAUUUGUCGAACGAUCUGCUGGAUUUGAAAAAGGUAGUCAGCCAGAUCGUCGACAAUUAUUGCAGCGAGUUCAUCAACCAACCGGCGGUUAUACCCGAAGUGAAGGAGUACGAAAAAACGUUGCAAUCAGAAGAUAUGGCCAAAGUGACUGCCAUAUCGUUCAAUUUGCACAAUUUGAAUUUGCGCAAAUUUUCCCCCAGUCCCGUCAUGAAUUUUAGCUCGCAUUCCAAUUCGCCUGCUCACAAUUUCUUUUCCGAUUUCUACAAUGGCAGCGACAGAGCGAACAGCUCAGAUUUAAAUGACAAUACGAACGCGUAUCUUCCAAUCGCAACAGAUUUUGCCGGAAUAGUUCCGGAACUUCGAAAUUCUGCAGAGGAAGAGCUCUCCGACGCACACCACGAUUCAGAACUGGCCGACGCUCCUAGUAGUUCUUCAUCGGAAGGAAGCAAAGAGGAAACUAUACAAGAGCAGACUGAUAGAAAGAGCUCAAGUGUUAUUGAAGAGUGUCCUCCACAGCAGACUAGAUUGUCAUUGAAAAAGCAGUACAUGGCAGAAAAAGUAGAAGAAGUACUAAUAGAAAUAGGACCAGAAAAUUUCAUUAUUCUAGUGACAGACAACGCCAGUGCAAUGGUCAAAGCCAGAAAUAUCAUGCAUGAAAAGUAUAAACAUAUAUCUGUUUACGGUUGUGUCGCCCAUACACUUAACUUAUUGAUAGAAGACAUCUAUAAAAUGCGAUAUGUUGAUGAUAAUAAAUUGGCUUUGAAGUCACAGAUGAUUAAAGGUUUGAUUAAGGAAUAG